UAGCCAGCUUUUAAUUAAAGUGGUUGGUACCCUUUGCAUGGCUAAAUAUUCAGUCUUCUCUAGAGCUGUCUCAGUAACUAGCUUAUUAGAAUGCAAGGCCUGGCUUCAUAAUUAGAUGGUUAUCCAUGUGAUACAAAUCAUUUCCUCUACCUGAAUUACCUCAUAAAUACAUUUCCAGAGAAAUAAUUUCUGAUGUCUUUAAGUACACCAAAAGUAUACUCUUUGUGAUGUUCUUUUGUUAUGCAAAUUAUAAGUAAAGAAUCUUAGAGUAGAAAUUUGAUGACAGGCAGGAAAAACGUUUGUUUGCCAAGUAAUACAUUUGCUUCACCUUGUCUCACUUUACACACAUUUUGUUGUGUCUUAUUUCUGGUCCAUGAGAUUUGAACUGUAUCUUUUUCAUUCAGUCAUUCAGUGUUUGAUGUCAAUUUCCUUUUUCCUUUUUUUUUUUUUUGGUGCUGUUCCUCUGGAUCUGGCACUGUCCCUGAGCCUUUUUUGCUCAUAGCUAGCAUUCUACUGCACUACUGCUCCACUACUGGCUUUUUGGCAACUAAGUGGCGAUGAGAGUCUUAUGGGCAGGGGACUUAACUUUCUGGUCUUACUUCAGAUGACGAUCCUCACAUCUCAGCCUCCUGAGUAGCUAGUAUGACAAGUAUGACAGGCAUGUUAGUGCUGGAGUCAGGCUCAUGGAAGAUCAUCUUUUAGGUAUUCCUUUUAUGGGCCCAUCACCAGAUCUUGUACGUGAAGAAUUCCUAGAAAUUAAAUCUAAUCAGCGUUGGUAGAUCCAGUAGCACAUUAAUUAGGCCCAAGAGAGGAUGACAUACCGAUAGGAGCCUUUCUACUAGGAGCCCGCGAGUUGGUGAAUGUGUUCAAAGGGCACUUUUUCCUUAGGCUUCUGUCAGGAUGGUUUAGAAUUGCUGCACAGCGUUCCCUAGUGUAGAUGAGCCAUAAUUAUUUCACCCUUCCCUACUAUUGCACAUUUAGAUGCUCUCUAAUUUUUCCCAAUUAUACUUUUGCAGUGUGUGCCCUCAGCUCAAAUGGUUGUGUGCUUUCGGGUUCACGUGUUGGGAUGGAGUCCUGAGGAUUUGAGAAAGGCAAGCUCCUCCCUCUAAGUCUGUGUCCUCUGCAGACAGAAAGCCUCAGGUCCCAGCCAGCUUUCCCUCUUGCUAGCAUGGCCUGGAGGGCCCAACAAGUGGCUCAGCUCCCUUGGGCCUGAUAGCUCAUCUGAAAAUGGGAGAUCGUGUCACACAGUGAUAUUGGCUGAGCUCGGCUGGACUUGGCUGGAAUUGUGCAGAUGGAGUCUAGGACUCAAUGGUGUCAGCCUGAAUGACAGCAGCCUUCUGUCCAAGAUGGAGAAGAAGCGGAGGAAGAAAUGAAAGCCUCCGGACAGGCCAAGCUACAAUGGCCAUGGGACUUAACUUACGUUGGACAAGACUGUAGGAUGUUUGACCAGUAAGGUUGCAGCAUUUAGCCGAAACACAAGUUCACUUUUGAUCCAGGAAGAAAAAGUGUGGUUGGAUUUUAGCAGUUUUAUGAUUAUACUCCCUGUGACCAUGAAGCUUGUCAACGUCUGGCUGCUGGUGCUAGUGGUUUUGCUCUGUGGGAAGAAACAUCUGGGUGACAGGCUGGAGAAGAAAGCAUUUGAAAAGGCACCGUGUCCCGGCUGUUCUCACCUGACUUUUAAGGUGGAAUUCUCCUCGACAGUUGUGGAAUAUGAAUACAUUGUGGCUUUCAACGGCUACUUUACAGCCAAAGCUAGAAAUUCGUUUAUUUCAAGCGCCCUGAAGAGCAGCGAAGUAGACAACUGGAGAAUUAUACCUCGGAACAAUCCUUCCAGUGACUACCCUAGUGACUUCGAGGUGAUUCAGAUCAAAGAGAAGCAGAAGGCAGGGCUGUUGACACUCGAGGGCCACCCCAACAUCAAGCGGGUGACACCCCAGCGGAGAGUCUUCCGUUCCCUGAAGUUUGCUGAGCCGGACCCUAUUGUGCCUUGUAAUGAAACUCGCUGGAGCCAGAAGUGGCAGUCAUCACGUCCCCUGCGGAGGGCCAGCCUCUCUCUGGGCUCUGGCUUCUGGCAUGCCACUGGAAGGCAUUCAAGUAGACGGUUGCUGAGAGCCAUUCCACGCCAGGUCGCUCAGACGCUGCAGGCAGAUGUGCUGUGGCAGAUGGGAUACACAGGUACAAAUGUCAGGGUUGCUGUUUUUGACACUGGGCUGAGUGAGAAGCACCCCCACUUUAAGAAUGUGAAGGAGAGAACCAACUGGACCAAUGAGCGGACUCUGGAUGACGGUCUGGGCCAUGGCACAUUUGUGGCAGGCGUGAUUGCCAGCAUGAGGGAAUGCCAAGGAUUUGCCCCAGAUGCAGAGCUUCAUAUCUUCAGGGUCUUUACCAACAAUCAGGUGUCUUACACGUCAUGGUUUUUGGAUGCCUUCAACUAUGCCAUCCUGAAGAAGAUCGAUGUACUGAACCUUAGCAUUGGCGGCCCUGACUUCAUGGAUCACCCUUUUGUCGACAAGGUGUGGGAAUUAACUGCUAACAACGUAAUCAUGGUUUCUGCUAUUGGCAACGACGGACCUCUUUAUGGCACUCUGAAUAACCCUGCUGAUCAGAUGGAUGUGAUUGGAGUGGGUGGCAUUGACUUUGAAGAUAACAUCGCCCGCUUUUCUUCCAGGGGAAUGACUACCUGGGAACUACCAGGGGGCUAUGGUCGUGUGAAGCCUGACAUCGUCACCUAUGGUGCUGGAGUACGGGGUUCUGGUGUGAAGGGGGGGUGUCGGGCCCUCUCAGGGACCAGUGUCGCCUCUCCAGUGGUUGCUGGCGCUGUCACCCUGUUAGUGAGCACAGUCCAGAAACGUGAGCUGGUGAAUCCUGCCAGUAUGAAGCAGGCGCUGAUCGCAUCAGCCCGGAGGCUUCCUGGAGCCAACAUGUUUGAGCAGGGCCAUGGCAAACUGGAUCUGCUUAGAGCCUAUCAGAUCCUCAACAGCUACAAGCCACAGGCCAGCUUGAGCCCCAGCUACGUCGACCUGACUGAGUGUCCCUACAUGUGGCCCUACUGCUCACAGCCCAUCUACUACGGAGGAAUGCCAACCAUCGUUAACAUCACCAUUCUCAAUGGCAUGGGAGUCACUGGCAGAAUUGUGGAUAAGCCUGACUGGCAGCCCUACUUACCACAGAAUGGAGACAACAUUGAAGUCGCUUUCUCCUACUCUUCGGUUUUGUGGCCUUGGUCUGGCUACCUGGCCAUCUCCAUUUCUGUGACCAAGAAGGCGGCUUCCUGGGAAGGCAUUGCCCAGGGCCACGUCAUGAUCACAGUGGCCUCCCCAGCAGAGACAGAAGUAAAAAAUGGUGCUGAACAGACGUCAACAGUGAAGCUCCCAAUUAAGGUGAAAAUAAUUCCCACCCCUCCUCGGAGCAAGCGUGUCCUGUGGGAUCAGUACCACAACCUCCGCUACCCACCGGGCUAUUUCCCCAGGGACAACUUAAGGAUGAAGAACGAUCCCCUGGAUUGGAAUGGUGAUCACAUCCACACAAACUUCAGGGAUAUGUACCAGCACGUGAGAAGCAUGGGCUACUUUGUGGAGGUCCUGGGCUCUCCCUUCACAUGCUUUGAUGCCACCCAGUAUGGCACUUUGCUGAUGGUGGACAGUGAGGAGGAGUACUUCCCGGAGGAGAUCACCAAGCUGAGGAGGGAUGUCGACAAUGGCCUCUCGCUUGUGGUCUUCAGCGACUGGUACAACACUUCCGUCAUGAGAAAAGUGAAGUUCUAUGAUGAAAACACAAGGCAGUGGUGGAUGCCAGAUACAGGAGGAGCCAACAUCCCAGCUCUGAAUGAGCUUCUGUCUGUGUGGAACAUGGCAUUCAGCGAUGGCCUAUAUGAAGGGGAGUUCACCCUGGCCAGCCAUGACAUGUAUUACGCAUCUGGGUGCAGCAUCGCUAAGUUUCCAGAAGAUGGCAUUGUCAUAACACAGACCUUUAAGGACCAAGGAUUGGAGGUUUUAAAGCAGGAAACAGCAGUUGUUGAGAAUGUCCCCAUUUUGGGACUUUAUCAGGUUCCCUCUGAGGGUGGAGGCCGGAUUGUGCUGUAUGGAGACUCCAAUUGCUUGGAUGAUAGUCACCGACAGAAGGACUGCUUUUGGCUUCUGGAUGCACUUCUUCAGUACACGUCCUAUGGGGUGACCCCCCCCAGCCUCAGCCACUCGGGGAACCGGCAGCGCCCUCCCAGUGGGGUGGGCUUAGCCCCUCCCGAGAGGAUGGAAGGAAACCAUCUUCAUCGCUACUCCAAGGUUCUUGAAGCCCAUUUGGGAGACCCGAAACCUCGGCCCCUGCCAGCCUGUCCACACUUGUCCUGGGCCAAGCCCCAGCCUUUGAAUGAGACAGCACCCAGUAAUCUUUGGAAACAUCAGAAGUUACUUUCCAUUGACCUGGACAAGGUGGUGUUACCCAACUUCCGAUCGAAUCGCCCUCAAGUGAGACCUCUGUCCCCUGGAGAGAGUGGCGCCUGGGACAUUCCUGGAGGGAUCAGGCCUGGCCGCUACAACCAGGAGGUAGGCCAGACCAUCCCCGUCUUUGCCUUCCUGGGAGCCAUGGUGGUCCUGGCCUUCUUUGUGGUACAGAUCAAUAAGGCCAAGAGCAGGCCGAAGCGGAGGAAGCCCAGGGUGAAACGCCCACAGCUCAUGCAACAGGUCCACCCUCCUAAGACCCCGUCGGUGUGACCAUACGUCUGGCUGACCAUGUAAGCCAUCGUCCUGACCACCCUGGUUGGUGGGCAUCUGGAGCCCAGACAGUGCCAGGCCCGCAGUACCUCCUGAAGUACCUCAUGGCCCUGGGCACCAGCAGGAGGGACUCCGCGGUCAGCCUCGCGUGGUGUCGUGCCUGACCACGCACCAAAGAUGGCUCUGCCCCGAGAGGACGGCAUGCUUUCUCCGUAAGCUCAGCCGCCCGGCCCAGCUAAGACACAUGCGCUUGUUAAAGGCUAUUUUCUAUAUUUAUUGUGGAGAAGAGUCACUUUAAAGACUUGUGCUAUUUGAAAGCAAAGCUAUUUUUUUGUUAAUGGAAUGCCGUUUUCUACUCUUACAUCAUGAGAAACAACACAGAUUCCGUGGUCUCCUUUUGGAUGAGAGGACAGACAGAUCUGAAGGAAACUUGCACAAAUCUGUGAAACAUAGACCUUUGCUUUAUUUUUAUAAGUAUCAACUGCCAUCAUGUUUUGUAAUUUGGGGUCUUGAUUUCACCAUUGUUGGUGAAGAAUUUUCAAUAAAUAUACAUAACCUGUCUGAAGCUGAAAAGUUGUAUAACAAGUUCU